AUGGCAUUUGCUAACUCACUGCACAAGCAGUACUUAGGGACUACAGCUGGACGGGGCCUUAUGCACGCUUUCACUUUGCUUGAAAGAAAAGGACUGAGUUUUGUGCAAACCCGAGGGCCUUUCCAUCAGAAUCUGCACGAUGCAAUCACUCAAGUUGCUGAAGCACACUUUCGCGCAUGUUGGACAGUUGUGGGUGAAGUAGAGACCCUGGCACAUCUCCGUUGCAAAUCCCCAGGCCAACUUGUGCAUCUCGCAGAAGCAAUUUUGAAGACACUUGCAUCUAGUACUGCCUUAGAGGCCAUUCACCUGCAAAGCAAAAACACACAGGACAAAGUCUUGCAUCAGAGCAUCCUGUGGAAUUGUGAUGUGUUGAGGUAUAUAGAUUUAGAGAGGGCCAUGGAAUGCGGUGAUGUGGGAAUAAUGGAGGAGACUCUGCCCCAUCUUUUGUAUUGUUUUGCGGGAGGUAAUAACAAAAGGUGCUGGUUGAUGAACACAACCGGCCACCCCCUCGGAUUUCUGCCUAUAGACAAAGGGCAGGAAUAUAAUAUCAAGGAUACAAAGGUUACAUUUGGAACUCGUGGCCCAAAUGCAUCUUGGGCUCUUAUGAAGAAAACUUCCCCAGCCAUUCCCGCACUCAGAGCUGUGUGCAAGCAUACAGAACUUCAAAUUCGGACGCUUCGACGAGGCCUACACCACUCUGACCCACUCAAGGAGAAGGAUAUCAAGAUCCUGCAUAACGCAUACAUUGCCUCAAAUAUUCACACACAGCAGGAUGGACGAGAGGUGAAGACUAAAGCAGAUGGGACUAUGGAUGUAGUGACGAAAGGAUCUCUCAACAUACUCACAAAAGGGACAUUGGCAAGAUGGUGGAAUAAUAGAAGUUAUGUUCAGGCAACACAGGAGAUAUGGUAG